UAAAAUAAGACCAUAAUUCAAGAGAGAAUCAUCACUAAGAUUUCCUUUUUACAUAGUAAAUUAGCAAAUCAUAACCAAAGUUUUGAUAUAUAUGGCACAAGUAAAGUUGCUAGGUUUUUGGUAUAGCCCAUUUAGUCACAGAGUUGAGUGGGCUCUAAAGAUUAAGGGAGUCAAAUAUGAAUAUAUAGAAGAAGAUAGAAACAACAAGAGCUCUCUACUUCUUCAAUCAAAUCCAAUUCACAAAGAAAUCCCAGUGCUCAUUCACAAUGGCAAGCCCAUUGUUGAGUCUAUGGUCAUUCUCGAAUACAUUGAUGAGACAUUUGAUGGCCCUUCCAUCUUGCCUAAAGAUCCUUAUGACCGUGCUUUAGCUCGUUUCUGGGCUAAGUUCCUUGAUGAUAAGGUGACCGCUGUGGUGAAUACUUUCUUUCGCAAAGGAGAUGAGCAAGAGAAAGGUAAAGAGGAAGUUUAUGAGAUGUUGAAAGUUCUUGAUAAUGAACUCAAGGAUAAGAAGUUCUUUGUAGGUGACAAAUUUGGGUUUGCUGAUAUUGUUGCAAAUAUGGUUGCACUUUGGCUAGGAGUUUAUGAAGAAGCCUCUGGAGUUGUAUUAGUGACGAGUCAAAAAUUUCCUAAAUUUUGUGCUUGGAGAGAUGAAUAUAUUAAUUGUAGCCAAGUCAAGGAAUAUCUACCUUCAAGAAGAGAUGAGUUGCUUACUUUUUUCCAUGCCCGAGUUUGUGCUCGUGCUCAAGUUACAACUUCUGCUUCUGCUUCAAAAUGAAUUAUUUAGAUUCAAUAUGUAUUAAGAUAUAUGUUUGUAUAACAUUAAUUAAGUUCAUUGAGGAUUAAUGGCUUUA